UAUUUUGUUUUAGAUCGGCACAGUUUCGUGUACGAAUUUAUAAGGGUUUAUGUGUUCAUCUGUCUCACUAGUUACGUUUGUAUAUAUAUGCGUAUGUAUUCGAAUGCUAUUAUUUAAUACAUAAGGAGUGAUGUCUGCUAUUGGAAAUGAUUGUCAUUUUUACUACAACACUAUUUCAGGAUGUGAAAAGAGAGAUAGAUGUCCUUUCAGACAUAGCGAACCAGCAAUAUCCUGUUUCGUUACGUGUAACUUUUGGCAGAAAGGGAGAUGCACUAAAUCUAAUUGUAGAUAUCGACAUUCAGUAGUUAAACAACAACAGAAAAAACGGGAACUUAUACCCUGCUAUCAUGAAACCCAACCAUCCGGUUGUUCACGACCAGGCUGUCCCUUUAAACACUCCAAGCCUGAUCCAACCACUCGGUAUAAGUAUGAAGAUACAUUAUCCGCUACCCAUGCAAUGGCAUCAGUUGAAAAUGGUUCGGAUUUUUGGGAACCUUCGACGUCACCGAGUGACCUUAUUUGUUUGAUUUGUUAUAGUAACAGUAUUAUGUUCUCGUGGACAGAACCAGAUGAAAUAAAUGGUUAUAUUAAUGGGUAUAAAAUUGUCUACAGAGAAUGCAAUAUAGGAAGUUCAAGAUGGAAAUCUGUCAAAACUAAAAGUAAGCAAACAGUUUAUACAGUAAAGGACCUGAAAGGUGAUACCCAAUACGAGUUCAAGAUUUGUACUGUUGACAGAGAUGGAGAGGAGGGAUCAUUUAGCCACCCAGCAGUCGAAUUCAAGACUAAGCCAUCCCUAGCACACCAUGUUAAAGCUUCAGCAAAGAGAUUAGGUUAUUCAGAUCCAGAACGUUAUAAAAUUCCAUUCCAAAAAACUAAAGGUGGUACAAAUAAUGCAGCAAAAACACAGAAAUACCAUUUUGGAAAAGAGAAACCAGGCAUAACUGGGAAAACUAUAAUGCUUCUCGGAGCUACAGGAUCAGGAAAAAGUAAACUACUUGAUGGAAUGAUUAAUUACAUUUUCGGUGUUUCCUGGGACGAUAACUUCAGAUUAACGAUGGUCGAAUUGUCGGAUGCUGAAAAAACAAGAUACACUGAUCAGACUCAGUCACAAACUGAAUGGAUCACCAGUUAUACCAUCAGCUCAAUGAGUGAUAGUAAUCUGGAUUAUGAUUUACAAAUAGUAGACACCCCAGGCUUUGGAAAUACUAGUGAUUUAGUUACAGAUAUAGACAUCGUAGAUAAAAUCAGGGAGUUCAUUAACACAAGUCAAGGAAACAUGCAUUUAGAUGGGAUUUGUUUUGUUGUACAGGCACCACUGGUUCGAUUGACAUCUCCGCAGAUCAGUUGCUUUGAUGCAAUUUUAUCCUUAUUUCAUCAAGAUUGUGUGAACAAUAUCUACGUCUUUGUAACAUUCGCAGAUGGAAACGAACCACUUGUUCUCGAUGCGUUACGGGGUGCAAAAGUGCAAUUCAAAAAGUUUUAUAAGUUUAAUAAUUCCGCACUUUUCAUUUCAACCCAAGAUUCACAAGAGUCAGAAUUUGGCAGUCUCUACUGGAAAAUGGGGAUGGAAAGCUUUCGCUUAUUUUUUGAUGAUCUUCAAUUUGCACAGACUAAACGUAAGACAAAGCAAAAAAAAUAAUAACGAACUAUGUUUUAAUAUAUCUUUAAUGACUGCAGAAGCUGGACACUUUUAAACAAUAAAAAAAAUGAUGAGACGACAUGAAACAGACAUCAAAGAUAACAACAAUUUCAUUGAGAAAAAUAUAUUUAACCAACUGUAUACUUUUAACAUAUCAUAUUCCUUUCCAUAUCCGGAUGAUAUUUCAUACCUGACGAUAGAAAUGACAUGAACUGGACAGCAAUGCACAAUGACGAAUAUUCGUCAAAAUUAUGUUAAUCUUCUUAUGGUUAGCGUAAAGGAUGAAAAGAGAAUGGUUGGCAGGAAAGAAUAAAACGCAUCGUUGAAUAAGAAAGAAGGCAAAAAU